AUAAAUUGGGUUCGAGCAUGAAGGAUAGCCACUCAAUGACUACCACAACAACCAAGAAAAACCAAAUAUUAACAUGGUCCCAAGCGCUCAGAAACAAAAUAAAGUGAGGAUGCGCCGUGCUUAUUGUAUACUCUAAGCUUAAUUCAAGAACAGAACCUAGCAUUCGUAUUUGGAGAUACUCUCCAUGGCUCUGUGUUCUACAGUUCUAUUGGCUUCCCUAAAUCCUCCAAUUCCUACAAAGACAAUUUCGAAUAUCAAAGAUGCAAACCCCAGGAAUCCAACCUUUUUGCCAACCACUCAGAACAGAAGAAAUGCCAAAGGUCAAUCAAUUGUUUCCCUUUCCAUCACGAAAACAGCACAAACCAGCACAUUUGUGAGUUUGAAUUAAUUUAUUUUUUUGACCCAUCCAACUACUCCAUAAUCUGUGCUUAUUAGCAAUCACAGGCAUCAGGUGAUCAUUUAGGGUAUUAUUAAUCAUUUGCUCUAACCCUGCAGGAGGAAUUUUGCAUUGAUCGUAAACAAAAAUUGGAAACAUUUGGAGAUAGACUCACAGAAGUUGGAUGAGUGUCACUUGCUGGCGGAUAGACAACUUCAAUGGAUGAGUGUCACUUGCUGGCGGAUAAGGAGGCGGCCCCAAAAAUUAAUAUUGCCGAAAAUGUGAUAUCAUUCCAGAAGAAUCACGAGAAAGAGAAAGGUAACACCAGCUUGAGACAUACCCAGAUGGUGCAGAAUGAGUCUUGCUUUUGGGAAGGUUUCAUGAUUGAAUCAGGUUCGGAAAAGGAGUGGAUGGGACGAAAUCUCAGAAGGCCGAGCAAGCUUAGGAAAAAGAAAAGCAGAUCCUGCGCGUCAGUGUACAGGAAAGAAAGAAAGGAAACAAGGCAAACAAAUCUAGAAGGAGGAACAAAAAGAGCAAAAGAGCGAGAAGGUGAGAAGGAGAUGCCGAAAUUCCAACCGGGUUCCCAAAUUCAAGUGGCAGGCGAAUCAGUCAAUGAUAGCUGCAUCGAGAACAGAAAUGGGAUCCUGAAGAGAGCACAGGAAGCGUGUAAUAUAGAAAAGAUCUGGGCAUUUGCAAAGGAAAUUGGAGCAGGGGACUAUGGCAACGAACAUGAAGUGAUGCGAAGACUGAAGGACAUGGAGGAACGGGACAAAGAACUAUUCAGGAAAUCAAAGGUUAGUGCCGAUGUUGUUGCGGGGAUUGAUGGUGUUAAUUUAAAAUGAUUUUCUUGUCUAUAAAUACCAGAGGAUUAGGAGGGGAGGGGAAGAAAUUUGGAGUAAAAGAGUUAGUUAACAAAGAGAAGGUUAAUUUUCUGUCUAUACAAGAGUCAAAAACAGAGGUGGUGGACUAUCAGUUAUGUAGGACUCUGUGGGGCGCAGAUAACUUUGAU